AUGUCAAGCAUGAACGCCUUACUUGCGAUAUCAGCGUUGGCAUUUGCAGGCGUUGUACAGUGCCAGUCGAACAAUAUCGCCUCCUCAUGCUCGUCUACGCUGCAGACAACUGCAACACCAUCGGUUGCAGCAGGCUAUGUCGCAAGACUGGUAGCGAACAAGCUGGAAUCUCCUCGAGGCAUUAAGUUCGACGACGCCGGCAACCUGCUCGUGGUCGAGUCUGGCGUCGGCAUCACCGCGCUGAAGAUUAGGGACGACGGUGGCGGAUGCUUCAGUUCUCCAUCUAGGAAGACUGUCGUCUCGAAUGAAGACCUCAACCAUGGCAUCGAGAUGUCCUCGGACGGCAGCACACUCUAUGGCUCCAGCACGGAGGCGGUGUAUAGCUGGGACUACUCGUCUGGGAACCAAAAGACUACUUCGAAGCCGCAGACGCUGGUGACGAACAUGACGAAUAGCGAUCACACCACGCGAACACUUCUGCUCUCUCGCAUGGUGCCAGGCAUGCUCGUCGUCACCCGCGGCAGCACCUCGAACAUUGAUCCUCAGGCGGAGAAUCUUGGGUCUGGACACAGCCAGAUCAAGGCGUUCAAUAUGACCAAUAUGACUUCCGAGUACGACUUCAACAGAGAUGGCUUGCUGCUCGGCUGGGGUCUGCGGAACGAUGUAGGGAUUGACGAGGAGCCUACUACUGGUGGGCUGUACUCUGUUGAGAACAGCGUCGACGAGAUGACGAGGAAUGGCGUCGACAUCCAUCAGUCGAACCCCGGAGAAGAGCUCAAUUUCCUAGGGUAUCUCAAUGGCACCAAAUCGUCGAACCAAGGCCGUAACUUUGGCUAUCCGAUGUGCUACUCGGCCUGGAACACCGACACUAUCCCUCAGUUCAAUGGUGAAGUCGGGCAGCAGUUCGCCAUCGGCAAGCUGGGCUCUAACAACAGCGACUCGAUGUGCUCGCCGAGUGAGGUUCAGGACGCAAGACUGGUGUUUCAUCCGCACAUGGCACCUCUUGAUAUCUUGUUCAACGAUGCUGGGACUGCGGCCUGGAUCACUUUCCACGGGUCUUGGGACUCGGAUCCUGCUGUUGGCUACAAACUCAGCGUAGUCGAGUUCGAGAACGGCGAACCAACCGAACCCAGCACCUCCAAGACCGCCGUCGUCGAUAUCCUUUCCAAUGAAGACACUGCUGGCUGUUCGAACGGAGGCUGCUUCAGACCCGUCGGCCUUGCGUGGGACUCGAAUGGCGUGCUGUUCAUGAGCUCAGAUGAGACGGGUGAGAUCUACGCUGUCCUGCGAGAUAAUGGUGAUGCUACGAGCAGUGCUGGGUCGAAUGCUACUGGCACUGUUCCCAGUCCAACCACAGGGACCACUGGAGGCAGUAGUAGCAGCAGUCCGAGCUCUACGAACGUGGCUAGUGCGACGAAUAUGAGCGUACUUGCGGUGGUAUUUGGGAUUCUUGCUUUUAUAGUAUGA